GGUACAGUUUUGUUCCUGAGUUUAUGGUCGAUGGAUUUAUCACUGACAAAACAACAUAUCUUUAGUUAGAAAAGUAAAGCAUGGGUGACUGGAGCUUUCUGGGGCGGCUGUUGGAGAAUGCUCAGGAACACUCCACUGUGAUCGGAAAGGUUUGGUUGACGGUUCUCUUCAUCUUUCGCAUCCUGGUGCUGGGGGCAGCGGCGGAGGAGGUGUGGGGGGACGAACAGUCGGACUUUACCUGUAACACGCAGCAGCCCGGCUGUGAGAACGUGUGUUAUGACGAGGCCUUCCCCAUCUCACACAUCCGCUUCUGGGUGCUGCAGAUCAUCUUCGUGUCCACGCCCACACUCAUUUACCUGGGCCACGUGCUGCACAUCGUGCGCAUGGAGGAGAAAAGGAGAGAGAGGGAGGAGGAGCUCCGAAAGUCAGGACGACACCUGGAGGACCACGACCCCCUUUACCACAACGGAGUGGGGGACGGAGGGGGCAAGAAGGAGAAGCCUCCGAUCAGAGAUGAGCACGGAAAGAUCCGGAUCCGAGGAGCCCUCCUCAGGACCUACAUCUUCAACAUCAUCUUCAAAACUCUGUUUGAGGUGGGCUUCAUCCUGGGACAGUACUUCCUCUACGGCUUCCACCUGAAACCCCUGUACAAGUGCCGGCGCUGGCCUUGUCCCAACACUGUGGACUGUUUCAUCUCCAGGCCGACAGAAAAGACAAUAUUCAUUAUCUUCAUGUUAGUGGUGGCCUGUGUUUCCCUGAUUCUCAACCUGCUGGAGAUCUACCAUCUGGGCUGGAAGAAGGUCAAACAGGGGGUCAGCAACGAGUUCUCCCCCAACUCUGAGUCACUGCUGCUGGGGUCAGACGGCCGAGGGGACGCGGUGACCAUGGAGCAGAGCCCUCCUCCUGUGCUGGACUGUUUGCCCACAUACACCAGUGUGAGUGAGGUGAACAGAGCUCCGGCCGAGGGCGGCAUAUACAGUCCAGGUCAAGUCCCUACGGUGAUCCCCCUGAAUCCCAACACGACAGCGCCCCCUGUCUCUCUGAAGGCAGAGGGCGACAUGAUGCUAGGAGCUAUGUCCAGUCCGCUCUAUGAGAAAGUGAGCAUCGGGAGCCACAGUCACAUAGCUGCGAUGGAGCAGAACUGGAGCAACAUGGCACUGGAGCUCCAGUCUUCAGAUGGUCAAAACUCCCCCCUCUCUGAGCGCCCCCCCGCCCCUUCUCCUCCCAGCUCCAACUCCUCCUCCCCUCGGGAGGAGAUGACCCCUCCGCACCCAGAUGAAGAGCUGCUCUCCUCUUUCCCCACACUGCCCCGUGACACCCCCCUGAACCUCAUCGCCCCCAAAGAGGAAGAGAGCGAGGAGGGCGCUUCAAGCAGCUCCCCCCACGACGACUGCACCGUAGUGACCAGAGCAGAGCUGCACCCGCCUCCGCCGGCCCUCACGGACACCAGGUCCAACGGAGCCAGCAAACCCAGUAUCCGCGCUCGCCCCGAUGACCUGGCAGUGUAGCUAAACACACGACACACACAGUUUUACAAACAGGCCACAGAUUCAGCUCGUUCACAUAAAGGUGCAGUGUGUAGAGUUUAAGACGCUCGAUGAGCUGAAUGUAGCGUUCAUUUUGUUUUUAAUAGCAUUUAAUCUCACCAAGCUACAUUAUGAUUGCUGUGCUGGCAUUCUGGUAACACCGAGUUCAUCGAGGAGAACGAUGGACUCGUCCUUGUUUUAGGCACAUAAACACUGAUCCAUGUUGUUACUGAAACUGGCCUUUUGUUCCAGCUGACUGACAGUUGGUUUACUGCAUAGUUUAGCUACAUUAGCUAUUGUUACGUGGCCACACUUGAAUGUAAAGUCCGAGGGUGAACCAAAGUGAUCAAACGUGAUGUGGUGGUGAUGGUUUCCAUCGCUCCCCUCGCAGUAGAAAUAAGAAUCAGACAGAAGCCUGUUCUGUUCUGCUUGAGCUUCUAAAAUGUGGGAAAUGCUUAGCUGCUACACAGUGCACCUUUAACAAUGAUACUUUUAAAAUGCAACACCAGGAUUAUUCUCAUUGGCUUUAUGUUUGUAUAAACUAGAUCUCCAACGGCUUCUAUUAGUUUGACUGUCUACUAACCUGCUCUUACUUCUCUAAGAGAAGCCAAGAGAACCAUGAAAUGGAGAAUGCAUACAUAAUGUUGCCUUCACGAUAGGGACACGAGUAAAGGGCAGACUGGAUGGUGGGAGUGAUGGACGAUGUAGGAGGCAGAUACGUUCUUUUAUUCAUUUUUUGUUUCUUUUGUUUUUGCUGGAGGACAGGCGGAGAUAGGCUUGCACUUUUGUUCUUUUUCUUUUUCUGUGAGCUGUUGAAGUGCGUCAGUUUGUGUCUCUGUGUCUUAUUUUCAGCCUGUAGUUUCAAUGACGAGGGGGAUGCAGCAGUAGUUCACUUGUAGAAGUAGAUAGGAGACUUGUCCCACCCUGAGGCCUGGUCCGUAGGCUCCGCAGGCUGUGUGCACAUACAUUGUUUUUAUUGUUUUUAGAAUAUACUUUAGUUCAUCAGGGGCAACUAUAUAAAGUCUAUAAAUAUGUAAAUAAAGUAGCAUUUAUGGGCUGGCAGGAUGUGUACAUGGCACCUUCUGUUUUGAAAGUUGUUUCUAAUCCACCUGCAAAGAUUUGGAGCUUAUUCUGACAAAGGCACCACACGUCACUUUAAAUGAAAGAUAUUUGCAGCUUGGUCAGAGCAUUUAUCCGAUCUCUUCUGGAGCUUGUGUUUGCAGUGUGUUCCUGGACUGUUAACCCUCGCUGUUCUGUACAUUAUUAAGUCUUUUUUAGACUAGCCGUAGAGUUUAGAUUCAUUUGGGAAAACAGCACAGCAUAAUGUGAAUGAGUAUUUUAGGUCCUACACAGUAAUGUUUUAUUUCCCCUUUUAUUCCUGCCAAAAGUGAAAAGGCUUUUGUAGGUUCUUUGCCUCAUAACAAAUUCCCUGCAGCUCUUAUUGGAAAAGGCCAAGUGUUGAGGAGCGAACAGGAACAGAGACAACAAGGGAGAGUGCUUUGGGGUGAAAUUACUUGUACAUCUUUAUGUUUCUUGCUAGGCUUACAUUAGUUUACAUUAGUUUUGUAUUGCUACUUGAAAUAAAUAGUAUUCAAUCCUUUGAUAUUGGUUGAAGAAGAAACUUUAAAGUUUUACAUUUAAGAAAGAAAAGUGAAUAUUUUUUUAAAUUGAAAUACUUUUUACACAAGAUCUAGUUCUAAGCUUUUAUCUGGCUGAUAAGAGCACAUCACAUCAGACUGUAUGUAGUCUUUAAAUGUUGAAUAGUGGCCCAUGUAAAUCACUCAGUAACUGUACAUGGGGCUGGGAUGGUACCUAGUACCAACUUUCUACCAUAGAUCUUACAUUGACCAUUUGCAGUGCAAAACAGUUAACCAUUCAUCGUGGUUUUUAAACCAAAAAUAUGCUAAAAAAUGUUUGAUUAACCAAACUCUACCGUAUAUACGCUGCUUGCUCAUUUGUCAGAUGUUUACAGACUGAAAGAUGUCAUUGAUUCAACCAAAGAUACUUGCAAACCAAAUGCCAAUGAGAUUGAAGAAACAAAGAGCACUUUCUAAGGAACACACUCGAGCAAUAAUGUUGAAGGCCACACCGAUGCAAACUGCCUGUCAAACUCUGAGAGGAGGCAAACACCCAGGAGACGCUGUCGGACUGUCACUGAUUGUAACAUGAGGCAUAUUCAUUUAUAUUGCGGAAAUGUGUUUCAUAACCUUGUUGUUCCGCACUGUUCAUAGUAUAUUUGAUAUGUAGAUUAAGAUUUGCACAGGUAGAGAGUUAGACCACUUAAAUGAUGCUAUAGAAAUAA